CCUAACGUGCGGUUCGGCUUGGUCGAUUUUAAAGCGUUUUCAUAGAAAGUGUGAAAUGUGUGUGAAGAAUUUGCAAACAAUCGCAUUAACAAAUGCGCCGAAACAAGUUUGAUUGUUACACAAGUGAAAUUAACGUUUCUAUUUGGUUUUGCGUUUUCUUCUUUUGAGCACAUCAACUAAUAGCAUUGAGAAAACAACCAAAAAAUAAAUAUAUAAAUAAAGAAAUCAACAACAAGAGAAGAACAACUCAGUGAAAAUUAGUAUACGCCGCAGAAAGCUGAAUGCAAGAGCUAUGCUAGUAAAUAAGCAGCGGCAGCAGCAACAGCAACUACAACUACAGAGGCAACUGGCACGAUAUGGCAGCAAUCAGAAUGACAAACUGCAGUGAUUAAAACCAGUCAGGCCAGGCACGGCCAGCCAGCCCCAUUGGCACCAGCAGCCAACCAGCUAGCCAGCCAGCCAUUUAGCUAGCGAGUCACUCAGUCUGCGAGUGUAGCAGCUGCACCACCCCAAGCGAGUGGCAAACGCUGCUGAAUCAUCAGAAUUGACUAAAAAGCCAGGCUCAACAGAAUUUCAAGUGCGCUACGUCAAUUGAAAAGACUUUAAUUCUAGCAAGUGCUGUCAGUGCGCAGCUAAAGAACACGUCAAGAGACCUUCAGCGUACAACGUCAACAACUGUGGCAGCAACAAUGCUAAUUACUGACCGGAGAAGAUAUCCACACAGUGGCAUCGUAACAGAUGUCAAGUUGCGUACAUGCAUCUGCCUCUGCUUCUUCACUGUUGUCGGUGCUUGGAUGCCCGAUGUGCGGCCCGAUUUACCAGCAAAGCCAGACAAAGUGACGGCAAGUUUCUUUGGCAACACAACGGACUAUUAUAAGAUUUUGGAUUACAAUGAUGAGAGUGUGCUCGUGGGUGCCAAGGACGUCAUCUACAAUAUCACGCUGCGGGGACUGAAGGAGAACAGCCGGCUAGAGUGGCGCAGCUCGGGUGCCGAUCGUGAGCUGUGCAUGCUGAAAGGCAAACACGAAUGGGACUGUCACAACUAUUUGCGGGUCUUCGCCCGACUACCCAAUGGUCAAAUUCUGCUCUGUGGCACCAAUUCGUACAAGCCGCGUUGUCGUCACUACACCACCGUGGAUCAGGCGGCAGAAGUAACUGAUGCGAGUGCCAGCGCGGCCAGCGGCAACAGCAUGUUGUACGAGAUGACGCGAGAUGUGGAGGCCCAGGGUCUCUGUCCGUACAGUCCCGCUCACAACAGCACCUAUGUGUUUGCCGACGGGCAGCUGUAUAGCGCCACUGUUGCUGAUUUCUCUGGCGGGGAUCCUUUGAUCUAUCGCGAGAAUCUGCGCACCGAGCAGUAUGAUCUCAAGCAGCUCAAUCAGCCAGACUUCGUGGGCGCCAUUGAACGCAAUGGCUACGUGCUGUUCUUCUUCCGUGAACUCUCCAUGGAGUUUAUGAACUUCGGCAAAGCGGUCUAUUCUCGUGUGGGUCGUGUCUGCAAGAACGAUCGCGGCGGACCCUACAAUCAUGCCAAAAGCUGGACGUCAUUCCUUAAAACUCGCCUCAACUGCUCGGUACCUGGAGAGUUUCCAUUCUACUUUGAUGAGAUACAGGCUAUAAGUCCGGUUGUGGACAGCGGCCCCAAUGCGUUGGUUUACGCAGUGUUUACCACGCCGGUGAACGCCAUAUCUGGCUCGGCGGUGUGUGCCUAUCGCGUGGAUGACAUAUUGGCUGCCUUUGAUGGGGCCUUUAAGUCACAAAAGGACUCACAAUCACACUGGCUGCCCGUGGAACAAUUACAGGUGCCCAAACCGCGUCCCGGCCAGUGUGUGGAUGACUCUCGCACUCUGACAAGUAUUGCAGUGAACUUCAUAAAGAAUCAUCCACUGAUGGAGAGCGCUGUGCCUGCAAUGCAUGGCCGCCCACUGCUAACCAAGGUUAAUCUGCAUCAUCGGCUCACGGCUAUUGCGGUGGAUCCGCAUGUGCGUGCGCUGAAUGGCAACCACUAUGAUGUUAUCUACAGUGGCACCGAUGACGGCAAAGUGACCAAGUUCAUCACCUUGACAACCCAUCAGAACACCAGCAUCGCUCGCUUGCGUACAGUGGUCAUCUCUGAAAUGCAGGUCUUGCCACUGGGCACACCUGUCCGCGAGUUGGUUAUCUCUUCCAAAAAGAACACGCUCGUCGUGGUCAGCGAUGGACGACUGGUAACGGUGCCACUGCAUCACUGCUCAUUGAUUGUAGACUGCCUGGGCUGCCUCAGCCUACAGGACCCUAACUGUGCCUGGGAUCUGCAGACUCACGAGUGCAAGAAUCUGCUCGCAAGCCAACACAAGUUCGGCACCAAAACCUAUUUGCAAAGUCUGAAUACGACCAAAAAGGCAGCAGCGUAUUUGUGUCCGAAAACUGCCGCAGAUCCCGUUAUUGUUACCAUGGCCCCAUCGCAAAUGGAAGAGGUGCAGAAGCUCCACUAUGCCAGUGUGAAUGGUGCACCAGCAGAGGUACAGCCAAGCCAAGAACAGCAGCCAACAGGCAACGGUGCCGACUUUGCACUUAAUGACUAUAUUGAUGAGAACAAAAUACCGCAGGCUUCCGUGGAUCCGGAACAAGUUAUGACCAACCUGCAUGAUCCCCAGAAAUCGAUAGCAGUUGUCAAUGAAUUACAGAAGGCUUCGGCCUUUACAAGCAACACAAUUUUUAUCAUUGCAGUAGUGUCGUUUAUGGCAUUCUUUUUGGGUGGCAUGGUGGGCAUCAAAAUAAAGCAGUGGUGCAAUCAAAAUCGACUAGAUGCCAGUCUCCACAAUCACUUUGGCAAACCCAUUCAAUUCAAGCAUCAGAACAGCGGCAAGGACAUUAAUUUGCUAAUCAAUUCGAAUCCAUAUACCACGACACAGAAAACACCGAAUCUGGAUCUUGAAAAAGAUCGCAGUCACGAAUGCAAAAAUUCUACAGAACAUUUGGAAAAGGAGCUGCCUUGCAAAACGUCCACUCUGACAAAAGUGAAGCGCACUUAUAUAUGAGUUGGGAAACAUCAUCAGUUUUUUUGAUGGCCAGUUUACCACAAAAUUAGUCGAAUUUUCGUUGUUUAUGUUGAUGUUAGUUGUAGUAACCCUAACCCCGCCCCGAUUGGACGUAUCAACAGUUUUUUAUUGACGCGUUUGAAACGCGUCUUGGCGCAUCCGAAACUGUUGUGCUUAUGUUUAGUUACUUUUUUUGUCAAGAUUUAGUUUAAUUUAUCACUUAAGCGUAGCGUCGUGCGCUACAAGUAAAGUAAAGGCAUUGCCUGAAUGCGAGGCGGCGGCACGUCUGUUUAUGUUUAUUUGAUAGUAUAAUUUGUAAGUGCAAAACGUAGAGCUUAAACAAUUGCAUAUCAACAUGUAGAAAACAGAAUCGGGCUACACAAAAAUUGGCUAUUAUGUUUUAUUGAACAAAAGUUUUUGGUCAUGCCCAGAAAUAUUGAACCCACCCAUGAAUCAAAUAUUUUUCUCGAAAUUCAGACGAUUAUAUUCUGUACAAGUAUUUUGUUAGACUGAAAGUUUUUCUAUUUUCUUUAUAGUUUUUCUAUGCGCAUGCAACAAUAUGCUAUUU